UCAGGCACAUGCGGGUCACCCGGAGCGUGGACAACGUCCAGUUUCUGCCCUUUCUCACCACGGACGUCAACAACCUGAGCUGGCUGAGUUACGGGGUCUUGAAGGGAGACGGGACCCUCAUCGUCGUCAACGCCGUGGGUGCUGUGCUUCAGACGUUGUAUAUCUUGGUGUAUCUGCACUACUGCCCUCGGAAGCAAACCUUGCUCCUACAGACUGCAACCCUGCUGGGAGUCCUUCUUAUGGGUUGUGGCUACUUUUGGCUCAUGGUGCCUGACCCUGCCAGCCGGCUUCAGCAGCUGGGCCUCUUCUGCAGUGUCUUUACGAUCAGCAUGUACUUCUCACCGCUGACUGACUUGGCCAACGUCAUUAAGACUCAGUCAACCCAGCGUCUCUCCUACUCGCUCACCAUUGCCACCCUCCUCACCUCUGCCUCUUGGACCCUGUAUGGGUUUCGACUCAGAGAUCCCUACAUCACGGUGCCCAACCUUCCAGGAAUCUUCACCAGCGUCAUCCGCCUCUGGCUUUUCUGGAAGUAUCCCCAGGAGAAAGAUAAGCAGCACUAUCGGCUCCUGCAAACCUGAGUCAUCUCACCGGACCAUUGGGCACUUUGAUGGCAACCUAAUACCAAAGAGAGGCCCUCAUUUCAGCUGUUCCUGUUGACCAGCCCCACGGGUAUAGUGGGUUGUGGGAAAGAAAGACGGAUGACUUUGUGAAUAGAAGAACCAAAGUGAGAGCUCUACCGAGAAGAUGGUGUGGGACCUGGGAGAUGAAUGGCUUUUAUUUUUAUGAGAGAUUAUUUUUUUAAUUUUGGAAGUUGGGGUGAUAGCUUUAGAAUGUGCCUUAAAAUAAACUGUUCCUCACCGC